AUGACAGAAAAUCAGACAUGGGUCAUUGAGUUCAUCCUCCUGGGGUUCCCACUCAGCCCAGCGAUGCAGGUGCUCCUUUUUGGCCUCUUCUCCCUGUUGUAUGCCUUCACUGUGCUGGGGAACGGGCUCAUCCUGGGACUCAUUUGCUUGUCCUCUAGACUUCACACCCCCAUGUACUUCUUCCUUGUACACUUGGCCAUCGUUGACAUUUCUUAUGCUUCCAACAAUGUUCCCAAGAUGCUGGUAAAUCUUCUAAGCAAGAAAAAAACAAUCUCCUUUGGCGCAUGCAUGACACAGACCUUUUUGUACAUGGCUUUUGCUCACACUGAGUGUCUCAUCCUGGUAAUGAUGUCUUAUGAUAGGUAUGUGGCCAUCUGCAACCCUUUGCAGUACUCUGUCAUCAUGAGCUGGACAGUAUGCAGCGUCCUGGCCAUUGCUUCCUGGGCUUGUGGCUCCCUUCUGGCCUUGGUCCACGUGGUUCUCAUCCUCAGGCUGCCCUUCUGUGGGCCUAAUCAAAUCAACCACUUCUUCUGUGAAAUCCUCUCCGUCCUUAAACUGAUCUGUGCUGACACCAGGCUCAACCAAAUAGUCAUCUUUGCAGCUUCUGUGUUCAUCUUAGUGGGGCCCCUGUGCCUGGUGCUGGUCUCCUACACUCAAAUCUUGAUUGCCAUCCUGAGGAUCCAGUCAGGGGAGGGCCGCAGGAAGGCCUUCUCCACCUGUUCCUCCCACCUCUGUGUGGUGGGGCUCUUCUUUGGCAGUGCCAUUGUCAUGUACAUGGCCCCCAAGUCCCGCCACCCUGAGGAGCAGCGGAAGAUUCUGUCCCUGUUUUACAGCCUUGUCAACCCCAUGCUGAAUCCCCUGAUCUACAGCCUGAGGAAUGCAGAGGUGAAGGGUGCCCUGCAGAGGGCGCUGUGGAAAUAG